AGUCAUUAGAGGUGGCAACCACUCUUCCCUGAUAUACUGUAAAGUCAUCUUUCAACAUGAAGUUGAUUCAGCAGUUUGCAGUCGCUGCAUUGGUUGUGUUCAGCAUUUUCACCAAGGGGAUGGUUAAUGCACACUCCAUUAUUUCGAGUGGAGCACCACCUGUCUACGAGCAGCAUAUAAUCAUAAACCCACUCGAUGGUCCCUCGUGCUCCGGGAGCGGUUGUAACUGCACUGCGAUCCGAGAAAGUGUUGCCGACACGACUCAUCGGCUGGCUAAGCUAGAAACAACCGUCGCUAACAAGGUAGAUGGCGUGUCUGCGGAGCUGAAUGACGUCAAAUUGCAGCUGGUCAAGAUAACGGAAUCAGUCAUCUGGCUCACUGAGCUCCUUAAAAAUGCAACAGAUAACCCAACUACGCAUGCUCCCACCCCUCGUGCACCUCUUGUUACCCACCCUACACCUCAAGCUAUCCCUACGACGCUCCCCAAUGACUGCUCGCAAGCCUUGGCAAACGGUGUGACCAGCAGUGGUGUGUACACCGUUCAACCUGUGGAUGAUAGCGGUCCAUUCGAUGUGUACUGCGAUAUGGAGACUGACGGUGGUGGGUGGACAGUGUUUCAAAGACGUCAAGACGGCUCUGUUGACUUCUACCGUGACUGGGUGAGCUACCGCCAGGGGUUCGGUGAUCUGAACGGCGAGUUCUGGCUCGGCAAUGACAACCUGCAUCGACUCACCGCUCAGGGCGCGUGCCGACUGCGCGUCGAUUUCGAGGACUUCGAAAACAACACUGCGUAUGCCGAGUAUGACAUGUUUAGUGUUGCUGAUGGGAGUGACAACUACCAGUUGACGGCGGAAGGCUUUUCGGGAACGGCUAGUAAAUUAUUACUAUGAUUUCUAACAAAAUAUGGUGCUAGGAUUAUAGAUCGACAGUGAAAACUGUAGCAGUCAAUUUACUUUGUGUAAAAUGGUUUCCAAAUGUGGCAGUGAACUGUGCGAUCUGUACUGUUCAAGGAAAUGAACUCGUUUUGUAACCUUCAGUGGGUUUGAAAUGUUCAGUAAAACUAACCUUUUGUAUUUUGGACAUGAGUGUUAGGCCCAAUGUCUUUUUUGUUUAUAUUUACCAACGCAGAUUAUCAUUCUGAAUUUUUU